CCUAUUAGUGGACCAGAUUUUAGCAGCCCCAACUAUGGGGCUGGCAAUCGAGGUACAGAGUCUACAACUGUGGGAAAACGGGCCACUUUGCCCAAAAAUGUUGGACCGCCCGAGGGCGGUAUGGCCAGACAAGUAUCCCGAACUUAAAGAAAUCAAGGAGCAGCACAGGAUAGCAAGGAAGGAGAGGCAGGAGUUAGAGGAGAAGAGGAGAAUCGAGGAAGAAAAUAAGGCUAAGGAAGAGGAAGAAGCUUGUAGAGAUCAUGACUUCGAACGGAAGGCGAAAGAGUUAAAGUUGAAGAUCARGGCGGAGCUGCAUGAAGAAUGGCGGAAGAAGAAAUCAGAGGUCGAGGUUGUGGUAAGAGAAUCAGCGAAGGAGCGAAUAUCUUCACCGAGAAGGAAGGUGAAAGCGGUGAGAAGGAUUUGGCGCAGGAAGCGAGUGACUUGUCGUUACAUCACAAAAUCUUCUGAGUCAGUGACUUUAGGAGAAUCCGAGCAGUCCGAAUCUCUGGGACCGACAACGGAAUCUGAGAUCGCUGCGAACCGGCGAAACAGGAAGGGCAGAAGGAGAGUACGAGCGAGGACGAAGACAGACAAGGCAAGGGGGAAGAAGAGGCUCUCACCUAUUGGGAUAACGCCACAGAACGCGAGGGGCGAAUGUUCCAAACGGGCGGGUUUGAACACUCGUGGUAACGCAUGUGAUGCCAAAACUUCGGAGCAAGYGGCGGAACCCAAGACACCGCUGACUGCCGGAUAUAAGGGCGUUUCUGUAGAAUGUUCGCAAYGCGGCAUCAUCGGCUACUGUAUCUCGGCUCAGAAGAUCUUCUCGACGAAGAMAGCUACCGACCUUAGGAGGAUCUGUGACAGGAAGGGCAUCAAGUACACCAGGAAGCCCGAAAACAUCGAACUCUUAGCAAGACAGCAGGUCGAGUUAGCCUAUAAGGGACUUAGAGGUUUUGAGCCUGAUAAGGAGAAGGAGGCGACUAAGACAACAACWUUCCAGAAACGAGCUGAAGAGAAAGGAAAGCAGAAGCAGGAGACACCGAUGGGACGCAAGGUACGAGUUACUUUGAAGCCGAAGUCGUUUUUCCUCAAGAUGUCGUCGAACAAGCUGGUUGGCAUAUACAGGGCUGCAGGGAUACUGACARAUGGUAAGUCGAAGUUAUCCUUAAGACUGAAGAUCGAUAGAGCACUGCYAGAGACGACGRGUAUCAGUGUGAGAAAAAGGGUGAAUAUCGUACUAGCUUUCGAUUCACGGAUCAGGAAGGCACUGGUUCGCAAGGCUGAGGAGGAGAUGAUUGCUCGGAAGAUCGGUGAUGACCACCUCUUGAGCUUCGUGAAAARCCGGAUUCGGGUAAUCUGGAGGAAGAAUAGCACGGUCGGCGAGCUGUUACAUAACCAGAAGCUCUUCGCCACAGAUGAAGAGAUGCCCUGCCCCUGCGCUUCCUCCAAGUUGCCGAAGACCGACGUGCACGUAUCAACGCGUUUCGCGGAUCUUGAUACCGAACGCGUAUCGUGGUUCGUACGGAACUCGAAGAAUAUCACCUGGCCAGUGAACACCCAGGACGGUCGAACGAUACUACUGGUGAUCUCCGAGGCCACUAGGCAUCUGGGAAUUCAAGUUGUUACUUUGAGUGUACCGGAAGGUACCAUCAGGACUGAUGGUCACCAACCGGUAGUUUGGACGGAUGGCGAGGUACGGAAAUGGAGUACGGAUUUYAGGGGGUUUGUCCUGGCCCCGAUAGACAGGAAUUGGGGCGACACGGCGGUCAUCUGUACGGUCCUCUACCAUCACACUUUCGGUAAGACCUUCCUGUGGAACACCAAUUAUGAGUCGGUAGGGAAAGGCAUCACGAAGUUGAAGGCGUUGGCUCGAUGCGAGGGGGAAUUUCUGGCAGCGGAUUUGUACAAGUUGGGGGUCUGGAAGCGAGAAGGACGCGUAGGCACUGCCUAUGUCAUUCCCAAGCACAAGGAUCUCAAUAGAUGGAGACCCAUUGCUCCCGCUCCGGCUAACCCAGCGGGACUGGCCCAACGUAGAGUGGCGAGGGCUCUGCACUGCCUGCUGAUGAGGGUUUCUGCUCAAGCCUCAUUCUUCCUCAACUCGGUCUCCGAUCUUGCGGACAAGCUGAAGGCGACCACACACAGGCUGAAGGCAGCAGGUUGCGAGCAGGCCAUUGGCAGAUGCUACAACAUCAAGGAAAUGUUUUCCCGUAUACACCAUGACGAGGUCUUGAGGUCGGUUCACCAGCUACUGCGGCGAUUCGAGGAUGCUGAGUGGAAGCAGGUGAUGGUCUUUUUUAGAGCUCGGUCCUGCAUUCUGAGUAAGACAUCUAGAAAGGACGACGGAUAUGUCAGUAUUAGACUGAAGGAAAUUCUGACGACCGUGAAGUUUGAACUCCAGCACUCCUUCAUCAAGUGUGCGCCGACUGUGAUGAGGCAAGUCUUCGGCAUUCCUAUGGGAAAGACGACAAGUCCGGUGCUGGCCUCAAUCACAUGCGUGAUGGCCGAAGAACGUUUUCUCCGAGCACUUGGGGCAGAUACGAGACUAGUGGCAGGAUGGAGGAUUAUGGACGACAUCUGUGUUGUAGCUGGCCUACCUUCUUCUGGUCACCACGAGGGGUACCCGCAACGCUUCUUCGAACAGUUUGAGGCGUGCUACGAUGUCAGCCUUGAAAUCGUACAUAAGGAGGAAUGCGGUCUAGAAUGGGAUUUUUUCGGAGGUUCCAUGAUGAUCGGGAAUGAGCCGCUGCAGCUCCAUUAUGUUCCUAGGACGAAGAACACGGAAGCUUUGUUUGAAACUGGGAAAAUGUUGUUCCGAACCUUCCAGGACUACGCUUCGUACUCGGAUAAGAAGGUGAAAAGAGCAGUACUGUCAGCCGCGAUGAAGAGGCUAUGGUACCACUCCACUAGCGAACCGCUCGUUCUGGGGGGCGGUUGYUUUUAUGGUCUGCGAAGCACGUCUCCGGGGGUACCCCUCGGAGGUCUCUCUCGGUGCCCUGGCCGAUUCGGCCAAGGCUGCGGGAGACGUUGCACUWACAAAGAUGUUGGCAGCGCUCUCGGCAAGAGCGGGCUUGAGGAGGUUUAGGUAAAGACGUUUCCCAAAUUUUGCUUUCCUCUCGAUCUUGGGGCCCACUCUACGACCGUUUGGUGGAUGGACCCCAGCGCUAUUUUUGUCCAWAGUGAGCUGGCUGAACGAGAACGGGCCCCGGUGAAUUACGACGGCUUGUGGUUUGAMAUGGGUAGACGACACGUGAUUGACCAUCGGUUCUGGCCUGGACGGUUCAACUUUUGUCGUUUUGUCAACCCGACCUGCACUUUAUCCACGCGGUCGGCCUCGAUUUAGUUAGGCAGUAGCUACACUGGGCUGUUACCACUUUUGGGUGAAUCUUUUAGGUUACCCGUCCGGAUACAUGAUGUAACUUCGGACCGGGGUCUGCUAUACGAUAAAGGGUUUUUGCUUCU